AUGUGGAAGAAAGUCCGAAUCACAGCAUUAUGCUCGAUCUUUGCAUUUUCCCUCUUCACUCAGGCUCGGUCGCUGAAUCUGACCAUCGUCUUCUCGCUCGACGGCCUGGAAACCUGUGCAUAUCCAUCAAAUGCAUCUGAAGCGGACGGGAUCACAUUUACCACAUCCAGCAUUCCCGUCAACAACCAGUGCUUCAACCUGAACGAGAUCUUCCAAGGACCAAAUACUGGAGUUGUGACGCAGGACAGCACUUCUUUCCCAUUCAUGGAUGGGGUCUCCAACGUGACGUACGCUGUGUCCAACCAAGCGGCGUUCGACCCGACCAUGAAUUACAGCCGAAUAUACUAUGAGCAAAGCUAUCCCGGCAGUCCCAGCCGUGACACUCAAGACACUUUUCCGGACAACACGGCCACUAGGAUCUUGACUCUUUUCUCCGACCAGGAUUGCCGCAAUGCUAUCAACGAGACUGGUCCUGUGGGCCAAAGGGUCCUGCCCUGCGCGAAGACACUCAGGAAGGCGGCUUGA